CACUCUCGAGGUUUGACCUUGUCUCAACAAUGGAGUGGAGAAGAAGAAGCAAGCAGAACAGAAACAGUUCCUCAUUGACCCAUAAAAUCAAAUAUUUUUUUUCUUCUUCUUCUUCUUAGUUACUUACUUACUUGACCAACACUCCACCACAUUUCAUCCUCAGAUUCUUCGGUAUUUAAGGACCAUGGCAUUGAUGUCCUCAACUUUCCCUUUUCCCCUUCCUCUUUCUCCCAUUCCCUCUUCCAAACGCCAUCAAUUUCCCCUUUCUCUUAAAGCCCUAAUUCCCAAAUCCAACCCUAAUCGUUCCGCCAAGAUGGUGGUCCGAGCCGAGAGUUUUCAGACCCUUGUAUCGGGUGCUGUCAAUCUCGUUCAAUCCAAUCCCCCCACUUGGCAGUCGGCCCUACUCAGCAACCUCCUCAUUUUCGUCGUGGGUUCCCCGAUUCUCGUCUCGGGCUUGUCUCUUUCUGGCAUUGCUUCUGCUUUCUUGCUUGGUACUCUCACAUGGCGUGCUUUUGGGCCCUCUGGUUUCCUUCUUGUUGCUACCUACUUCGUUAUUGGAACGGCUGCAACAAAGGUCAAGAUGGCCCAAAAGGAGGCCCAGGGGGUGGCUGAAAAGAGAAAAGGGAGAAGAGGACCUGGUAGUGUUGUAGGAUCCAGUGCUGCUGGUUGUGUUUGUGCUCUGCUUAUGAUAAAUAAAGUUGGGGGAGAAGCAUUUGCUCAACUCUGGCGACUUGGUUUUGUUGCCAGUUUCUGUACUAAAUUGAGUGAUACUGUCUCAAGUGAAAUAGGGAAGGCAUAUGGUAGGAUAACGUACCUGGUAACAACUUUUAAAGUAGUUCCUCGGGGAACCGAAGGGGCUGUCAGUCUCGAGGGAACCUUUGCUGGACUCUUAGCAGCAAUUGCUCUUGCAUUUGUUGCCUGUCUUUUGGGUGAUGUAACUGCACCUGAAGUUAUUGUAUGUGUUAUAGCCUCACAGAUAGCUAAUCUUGGUGAAAGCAUCAUCGGUGCUGUACUUCAAGAGAAGGAGGGAUUUCAGUGGCUCAAUAAUGAUGUUGUUAAUGUCAUCAACAUAUCCAUGGGCAGCAUUUUAGCUGUCUUGAUGCAGCAACUCAUACUUGGUCAUUGACAUUCAUAAACGGAUGGAAUUCUUUCACCUUCAAGAGUUCAGUUGAUGUUCUCUUGACAGAAAAAUUAUAUGAAACUGCAAUGGGUGGAUGAGAACACCAGUCGUACCCUCGGAAUCGUGACAACUCAAUUAUUGCUUUAAGAAUGGCCACUGGGAUUUAACAGCAGUGAGCUAUUUGUGGAUUCUAAGGUGGGGACUGUAAAUUCUCAAUUUUUAACCUCUAGUAUCACUUUGUAGCUAAAUGACCCUUCUUUUAAUGUAAGAAUCAAAUCAUACAUAAAUAUAUUUGUAGGUGAUGGAAAAGUUGCACUUCCUUUUCAUA